AUGGGAUGGACAAAAUCUACCAGAAGAAAACUCUCUUUGCUCAUAAUCACAGCCAUCGUCUUAACCUUCUUAGCCUUCAUUUUUCUCUUGUAUACCGAAAGGAUCACAACUAUUUCGAGGUUUAAGCUCAAUUGUCCCAAAAGAAAUUCUGCAGAUGAUAGAGCAUUGGAGAGCGAUUCAAUAGACAAUCCAGGAGACGAUAUUCUUGAUUUUGAUCCUGAUGAAUGCAGUGUCAAUCAUGGGAAAUGGAUCUUUAAUUCUUCGAUUAAGCCAUUGUACACAGACAGGACUUGUCCUUAUAUUGAUAAACAAUAUUCUUGUAUUAAGAAUGGUCGAAAUGAUUCAUAUUAUCUUCACUGGGAAUGGAAGCCUGAUGACUGCAUGUUACCAAGGUUUGAUCCCGAAGUUGCCCUGAGAAAGCUUAAAGGGAAAAGACUAAUGUUUGUAGGGGAUUCACUACAGAGAAAUCAAUGGAUAUCUUUUAUUUGUUUGGUUGACUCUGUAAUCCCAAAAGACAAGAAAUCCAUGAAACGAGGCCUCGUUCAUUCUGUAUUCAAAGCUAAGGAAUAUGAUGCCACCAUUGAGUUCUAUUGGGCACCAUUCUUAGUGGAAUCUAACACCGAUAUUCCUAUUAAAAGUGAUCCAAAGCAGAGAAUUAUCAAAGUGGACUCAAUUUCUCAGCGUGCCAAAAAUUGGUUAGGAGCAGACAUUCUUGUUUUCAAUACUUAUGUUUGGUGGAUGAGUGGACUCAAGACCAAAGCACUAUGGGGUGAAUUCGAAAACGGAGAAGAAGGUUAUGAAGAAUUAGAAACAGCAGUUUCCUACAGAGUAGCAUUAAGGACAUGGGCAAAUUGGAUUGAUUCAACAAUUGAUCCAAGCAAAACAAAAGUUUUUUUCACUACAAUGUCCCCUUCACACCAAAAAAAUAAAGAAUGGGGGAACGUAAACGGGAUCAGGUGCUUCAACGAGACGAGACCAGUAACGAAAAAGGGUCACUGGGGAACUGGUUCAAAUAAAGAGAUGAUGAAUGUUGUUGCUAGUGUCAUGAGGAGAAUGAAAGUUCCUGUUACAGUAUUAAAUGUAACGCAACUAUCUGAAUACAGAAUCGAUGCACAUACGUCGAUUUAUGGUGAAUUGCAAGGCAAAUUGUUAACAAAUGAGCAAAGAGCAGAUCCAUUGCAUUUUGCAGAUUGUAUACAUUGGUGUUUGCCUGGAGUUCCUGAUACUUGGAAUCAGUUGCUUUUUGCAUAUUUGUAGCACAAAAAAGUGUAAUGCUAAAAAGUCUAAAUAGAGUGAAAGAAAUUCUUUGGUAAAUUCUUGUA